AUGCCCUCAUUCAUCUCCAAGCAAGCACACCUCACCACAGGCCGGAGCACCCGACUGCAAUACCAGAGCGAAGCACUGACUACUCCUUGCACCGUCAGGCGACCUCCUCCGCCGCCUCCCACCAACCCAAAUCCCAACCCACCUCCAGAACCUCACAACCCUCACCCCUUCCCUAACCUAGACCUCCUCUCCUCCGUCGACCAGCCCCUCACCUCGACCACCGACCCCUCCACCUCCCGCACCUUCCUCCUCUGCGACUACAACCGCGACGGCGACUCCUACCGCUCGCCAUGGUCCAACAAGUUCUACCCUCCCUUACCACCAUCCGAAGAAGCCGACGCCACGUACCCGAGCGAGAGGGUGCGCAAGAUGGAGGUCGAGUGCAAUGCGAGUUUCGAUGUGUAUCGGCAGAUGUACUACGAGGGGACGGAGUCGGAAAGUGGGAACCAAGGGGGAGGGGCGGCGAUAGGGAGUGUGUAUUUGUGGGAUCUGGAUGAGGGGUUUGCAGGGGUGGUGUUGUUGAAGAAGGAGACUGGCGGGAAGGGUAGGGGAAGUGGGAGUAAGGCGGCGUGGGAUAGCGUGCAUGUGUUUGAGGUGGAUGAGCGGAGCGCGAGGGGAGGAGGGGCGGCGAGUCGGGGGACGAGUCAUUAUAAGUUGACGAGUACGGUGAUCUUGCAUUUGCAGAGUGGACUUGAAGGGUCGUCGACGUCAGGUGAUGGGCUACAAUUGGCGGGCAGCAUGACGAGGCAGGUGGAGGCGGAUCUGGCGGUGGAGAGUAUAGGACAGCUGCAGAAGGAUGGUGGGCAUGUCGUGAAUAUCGGGCGGAUGGUGGAAGAUAUGGAGGGCAAGAUGAGGAAUUUGCUGCAGGAGGUGUAUUUUGGGAAGGCAAAGGACGUGGUGGGCGAUCUGAGAAGUGUGGCGCCAUUGACGGGUGUGAGGAGGGAGAGGGAGAUGCAAAGCCAGGUUAUGGCUGGGAUGGGGCGGUGA